AUACCGAAAUUUUAGUACACAAAGGGGGCGCUGCUUGACACAUGCAGCUGUUUGUUCACAAGAUGUUCAUUUGAAAAUCCGAAUUUGACGCGGAGUCAGUAACUGAAAAACGCUAAAGCAGAAAAUACCUAUAGUGCAGUGUAAGACAAUAGAACGACGACGAAAAAAAAACAAAACAAUUAAUUUGUGUGACGAACAACGAUUAACGAUUUCGGAACAAUGUUUCCGCUGUCGAGCAAAGGAAGAUUAAUUCGACUGAAUAAAGAUGGAACAAAUGGUGAAAUUAUUCAGUCGAAUAAAACUAAAAUGGUUUUUGGUACAUCCAUAUUCGAUGAUCAUCAUAUAAAAGACGUUAAUCCAGCCAAUCAAGUAUCCUGCGAAAUAUCGACAGACGACUCCGGUCGGGUUUCGAUUGCAAACAAAACGACCAAUGAAAUUUUUGUCAAUGACAAGGCAAUCAUUCGACCAUCGGUACGACCACUGUUCAACAAUAGCAUCAUCAAAAUUUGCGACGGUGUCGAAUUUCGAUGGGUGUUUGUCAAACAAGCCAAAGAAAAUAUUGGCGGUGAUUUGAAUGAUGCUGAUUUUGCAUCAUGGUCCGAUCCAGCCAAAAAGCAUAUGAAGCUGAUACGCGUACAGCGAUCGAAAGGUCGACUUACAGCUCAUCCGCUUAAUUUGUAUUCGUCGGCUCAUGAAGAUGUUGAUGACAAAGAUGUGCCUUCUGCAGAAUCUGAUGAUGAACGAAGCACCGGUUGCUCCGUUAUACCAACACAGUUGAACGAUUCUGUAUUUAUAGAACAAGGGCCAAAUGUAACGGCACCAUUGAUUGAUGUGUCACAAGCGCUCAUCAAUUUGGAUGAAACACAAAUGGCCGCAACCGAGCAGAUCACAUCCACUGCAAACGCUACAUUAGUCAAAAAUGAAAUGGAAUCGGAUGGAGAUCUGAUGAAUUUUGACGUGCCGUCUGAACAAUCGACGGAAUGUAAUGCCGUAGCAAUCAAGUCACAGCCAAGCAAUUGUUCGGUGAUAACGUUGAGUAGCGAUGGAUCUCAAGGGACUGGUACACAAGAAACUAACGACAAAAAUGUCGAUUUCGAUGACGAGGAAAUGUUUGAACGAUCCAUUUCGUGCCCGCCAAUCGAAUUGCCCGAUGAUCUCUUUGAAACCAGCGCUAAUGAAGACACCGAGAAUUUGGCAUCGGCUAACAGUACUGAAGGUGCAGACACUACCGACAAAGCCAAUGUCAAAUGUGAACAAUUGGAUGUCAAAGGAAAAGAAGAUGAAGAAAAGCAAAAAGUUGUGUCGCAUCGCUCUUUGCUUGACAUCGAUUCAACACAAAAUUUGACAAAUGCCGAUACAUCCAUUGAACAAUUUUCAUCAAACGAUGACGAUGAUGUUAUCCCAGAAACACAAGACAUUUUCGUUCCCGAAACACAAGAGGUACUUUCACAGGACAGUGAUGUCCAAGUGUUGAGCGAAUCUUGCAGCAUAAUCGACUGUGACAAGAGCGAGUAUUCAUUCAAAUCCGAAGCCACAAUUUCAAAAAUUGUGAAACAAAACAUCAGUAUUGGUCAGCCAAACAUGUCUGUCGUUAGUUUAAGCAGUGAGGAAGGAGAUGAGGAAUCACAAGUCGAGGCAGCGAAUGAGCAUAGUACUGUUUUGGACAGCGAGAAUAUGUUUGAGGCCGACGCUUCUGAUGAACACCAACAAAAUGUUGAACUCAAAGCUGAAGUCCCAAGUAGCCCUUCACCAUCACAACAACAACAACAACAACAACAACAACAAGAUGAUGUACUCGAGAAAAGUACACAAAAUGAGCAAACAAGCACAUUCAAUGAGUCGGUAACGAUGUUUUCACAAAGCCUAAGUGUUGAUGCUAACGAAAGUAUAACAGACACAAAACCACAAUUGUUGGACGAACCAACAAGCGAGAUAGCUUCACCAGAAUCAUCCACGAGCACACUUCAGGAAAGUGAAAAAAGUGGUGAAGUUCAAGCAAUGAAACAAGAGACCAUUACCGAUACCACGACAAAUGAUCUGCAAAACACAACGGUUGAACCAAUUCAAAGCGAAUUACAAACAGUUGAACUACAGAAAAAUGACUCAAUUUUGGCGCCUGCUGAUGAUUCGGCUAGUAAAGUUCAAAGCGAAGAAGGUCUGAUGGCAACAGAAGCUACGACAACAGCACAAAGAGAGGCAGUUGAAAUCGGGAAUGAUACCAUUAGCAAAUCAUUUCUUUCUGAAUCGUGCACCACUCAAAAUGAAACCGAACAAUUCGAUUCAAAUACAGAGAACGAAGCAAAUGUUCCAGUCGAUGAAAGCAUUUCACAUCUACAAACUACAGAUCUUGUCAAUGCUCCAGAAACCGAAGUAGAAGAGAACGUAUCCGAACCAAUCGAGUCAAAUAUCGACGAAGCUGAAUGCGUUGUCCCAAUUGCUACGAGCUCAAGCGUAUCCGUUUGCCUGAGCACCGAUACAACUCAAGAGUUGAACUUACUGGCUUUCAGCAGUGAACUUGAUGCGCAAGGUGAAGAUCAAAUGGAUGAUGAUACAAUGGACAGAUUGGAAUUCUCCUCCUCCGAUUCAAUGUUUGAAUCGAUUGAUUCGGGAAAUAUCACUGCUUCGUGUGACAACACAUCAUCGGUUAAUGUAACAUCUGAAGCCAAUCAAUCGGUUAGUCCGUCGAUGAAGUCAACCGGAGAUACUACUAUAAUGGCUGAGAUCGAGGUAGCUCAAACGCCGUCAAAGGUAAAUGCUUCCGUUGCAGAUUCGACAACAGAUUCUCCAACUGCCGACUUGAGCAAAGUUGAUGAUAUACCAAGCAACGAGUUCGAGACAACGAGCAUGGUUUCGGAAGACAGUAGCUCAGUUGGACAAGUAGAAAAAAUUGUGGACGAUUCAAUGUCGAAAGAAGAAGAAGGAGAAGUAAACGAGAGUGUUGAUGAAGUCAUAAUGCCAACACAAAAUCAUGAAGAGGUUGCCGUUAUUGCAACACCAGUCAAAGCUCAAUCGACUAUUGAAUGCGAUUCAUCGGUAACACGGUCGACCAGACGCCGUCAACCUAAUCUUGAAAUCACCAAUAUAUCCACUCCGAGAAAGUUGAAUAUUAGUGUGGCUCAAAAUACUCCCAGUAAAAUUCAAACGCCAUCAUUAUCCAAGGUCAUGCAAAAUGAAAGCGCGAUUCUAGCCAAAGACGAGGAUCAAGAGAAUGCCGAAUCGAAAUCACUUGUGGCUCAAUCGAAUGUCGAUCAAAGCGAAAAAGUGGAAGUAGAAUCACCACAAAAUGCCGAUGAUGUCGUGGCUUUCUCGACACCAGCAAAGAUAAUCGUGAAAUCCGACGAAAAUCACGGAUCAUCUGUUACAAGAACAAGCAGACGCAAACAACCAUUUUCCAUUGAUGCGGCAACACCAAAGCGCACACCGAGAAAACUGAAUGUCAGUUUUGCUGCCACUACUCCGUGUAAAGUUGAACCACAAUCAUCCGCAGAGAGCAAGCAGAAUGAGAGCGUUCUUGAAGUGAAGCAAGUCGAAGAAAAUGUUGAAUCUGUUGAAAAUGUGGAACCAAUGCAAACCGAUGAAGAUACCGAUUCAACACCAUCUGAAGUUGUGACCGUGAAUGCUGAAGCAAUCGAUGAUCAGACUACUCUUUCGACGCCCGUUCAGAAUGCUAUAAAAUCAGACGAAUCACGAGCUUUAACUCUUCCGCGAGCGACAAGACGUAAGCCGCUAAUUGCUGAACUUAGCUCUGUUACGCCAAAGCGCAGCAUGCCCAGAAAAUUAAAUGUCAGUAUGGCUUUGACAACCGAAACACCAUCUUCAGCCAUCCAAAAGCCAAUUGAAACUCAAGAAGAGGAAAGCGAAGUGAAAUCCGAAUUGACUUCAACCAAAGAUGAACAGGUUGAAUCCGUUGAGUCAGCUCAGCGCGAAGAAGCCGUUUUUGCAACGCCUGUCAAGGUUCCACCGGUCGCUAAAAGUAAUUCAACCAUUACUCGAUCAACGAGACGCAAUAAAGAAAGUGUCAGUACUGAAACAACGAUGCCCAAACGUACACCAAGAAAAUUGAAUGUAAGUCACAUUCCCGAAACGCUUAGCGAGCCUGAAACACAAUUAUCGGCUGAGAGCGUCACAGAACAGCAGCAGGUUGAAGGAUAUGUUGAAUCGGCUGAAUACGUUGACGAACUGUUCAAUCUGUUGUUGCAAUCCGGUGAAGAUGCUAUUUCAACGCCUGCUGAUGAAGUGGCUGUAAAUGCUGAAGCAAUCGAUGAACAAAUCGAGAAGAAUGAACCUGAAGCAUCCGAAAAUAUCAAUGAUACAACUAUUGAUAUUAAGGAUAUUUUUUCGACACCGGUUCAAAAUGCUAUAAAAUCAGAUGAAUCUCGAGCAUUAACCCUUCCACGUUCAACACGACGUAAGCCGCUAAUUGCUGAACUUAGCUCUGUUACACCAAAGCGCACACCCAGAAAAUUAAAUGUCAGCCUGGCUUUGACAACCGAAACAACAUCUUCAGCCAUCCAAAAGCCAAUUGAAACUCAAGAAGAGGAAAGCGACGAGAAAUCCGAAGUGAUUGCCAUCAAUGAUCAAGUGUGCAUUGAGUCUGCACAGAAUGAAGAUGCCGUACAAAGUACACUCGAUGAAUCCAUUGCUCCAGAGCAAUCUCCGGAAGGAAACGUGGAAUCGGAGCCGAUGGAAAAGGAGCCGAUGGAAAAUGAGCCGAUUGCAAGUAUCAACGACGACAAUGUUGAUGAAGUCGUUGAACUGAUUUCAACUAACGAAGCAACACCGAGCGAGGAAACCAACGUACAAGAUGAGCUUCAACAAACUCAAAAUGACAUCGUUAUUGCAACGCCGGUUAAAAUGGAAUCGAUCAACGAAAUCUAUGACAAAGCCACUUCUUCAGUUACUCGAUCGACGCUACGCAAACAAAAUCCGGUGGUUGAGUUUGCCACACCCAAACAAACACCAAGAAAACUGAACAUGACUCUUGUUUCAGAGACACCGUGCGAGUCAGAAUCGGCCGAAGAAGGACAAUCUCAUGAAAAUCUCGAAUCACAAGUGCCAUCGAAUUCAGAGGCACAAGACAACGUUUUUGAAUCAACUCUAAGUCGCGUUUUUGCAACGCCAGCUAAAAUUGAACCGAACCGCGAGUGUAGUUCGGCCAUGACUCGAUCAACGAGACGCAAGCAACCAAUUCUUGAAAUUGCAUCCACAACACCAAAGCGUACGCCGAGAAAAUUAAAUGUUAUUCAUAUUCACGAAACGCCUAGUGAUCCUGAAAUGCAAUCAUCCACUGGAAGCAAUCAAAAUGAGAACAUUACAGAAGAGAAACAAGUCGAAGACAAUGUCGAAUUGGUUGAAUCUAUUGAAAAAGAAGAACCAACGCAAAUCGAUGAAGGUAUUGUUUUACCACCUUCUGAAGAUGUGACCGUGAAUGCUGAAGCAAUCGACGAUCUAAGUGAAAAGAACGACACUGAAACACCAGAAAGCAUGGACGAGAAGACCACUCUUUCAACGCCUGUUCAAAAUGCUGUGAAAUCAGAUGAAUCACGGGCUUUAACUCUUCCACGUGCGACAAGACGUAAACCGCUUAUUGCUGAACUUAGCUCUUUUACACCGAAGCGCACACCCAGAAAAUUGAAUCAAACUCUUUCUGUUGCUACUAAAUGCAAAUCUGAAACACAAACAUCGACGGAAAGCAAUCAAAAUGAGCGCGACACAGAAGAGAAGCAAGUCGAUGAAAAGGUUGAAUCGGUUCAAUCCGUUGAAAAGGAGGAGCCAACGCAAACCGAUGAAGAUACUGUUUCAACGCCUUCUGUAGAUGUGGACGAGAAUGCUGAAGCAAUCGACGAUCAAAAUGAAAACCAGAACGACACUGAAACACCAGAAAGCAUGGACGAGAAAACCGCUUUUUCGACACCGGUUCAAAAUACCGUGAAAUCAGAUGAAUCACGAGCUUUAACUCUUCCACGUACAACAAGACGUAAGCCGCUUAUUGCUGAACUUAGCUCUGUUACGCCAAAGCGCAGCACGCCCAGAAAAUUAAAUGUCAGUAUGGCUUUGACAACCGAAACACCAUCUUCAGCCAUCCAAAAGCCAAUUGAAACUCAAGAAGAGGAGAGCGAAGUGAAAUCCGAAUUGACUUCAACCAACGAUGAGCAGGUUGAAAGUGUAUCCGCUGAGCCAGCUCAGCAUGAAGAAGUCGUUUUUGCAACGCCUGCCAAAGCUCCACUGGCCGCUCAGGGUAAUUCAACUAUCAGUCGGUCAACAAGACGUAAACAAGAAAUUGUCGAUACCAUGACAACGAAACGUACACCAAGAAACUUGGACAUCAGCUACGUCCCAGAGACACCAUGUGAAGCAGACGAAUCGAGUGUGUACGAACUCAACCGAAGCGCAAUCGUUAAAGAUGGGCAUGCUGAAGAAAACGUUGAUUUGAUUCUAGUUGAAUCAGAAUCAAACGAAGUAGUCCAAAGUCAUGAUGAUACAGCCGUUUCAUCAACACCAGUCAAAAUCGAUUCGGUUACGAAUUUGGGUGCAAAUUCAGCUCUUACUCGAUCGACAAGACGUAAUACUGUCGUUGAAUCGGCUACUCCAAAACAAACACCACGGAAAUUGGCUAUGGCUACUCUAUGCAAAAUCGACACAUCAGAAGAUGCGCCAGCUGAAGAAAACGUGCAAUUGGACCCAACUGAAAAUGAGCCGAUUUCAAAUUUCGAAGACAAGAAUGUCGAUGAAGUCGUUGAACCAAGUCCAACUAAAGGGGCAACAUCGAGCGAGGAAGCAAACGUACAAGUUGAAAUUUCACAAAUGGAAAAUGACAUCGUUGUUGCAACGCCGAUUAAAAAAGGAACGAAUAACAUGUUCGAUGACAAAGCCACUUCUUCAGUCACACGAUCGACGCGACGCAAACAAAAUACGUUCGUUGAAACACCAAAACAAAUACUAAGAAAAUUGAACGUGACUCUUGCUUCAGAGACACCGUGCAACACUGAAAUUGUAUCGUCCCUUGAAGAGCCUUUGUCUGAAGAUGAACCGACCGAGAGUGCAGCCGUCAAUGAGAAUCAAGUUCAAGAAGCGUCUGAGGUGACUUCGACUGAAAGUGAGCAAACCGAAAAUGUCAUGAUUGGACAUUCAACACAAAGUGAAGAUAUUGCCGGUGUAACAACACCAGCAAAACCAGAAACGGUAAUAAAGUUGGCUGGCGAUAGCAAUUCGGCCGUUAUUCAAUCAUCAAAACGCAAACGACCAGAUUUGGAAACUGAAACUCCAGUUGGUAAACGCACUAAACGAAGAAAGACUCCUCCAGUGGAAACUCAACCACCAGUGGAACCGGAAGAGGAAGAAGUUCUGAAUUUUAUUGAAAAAGCUGAAGAAAAUGUUGCUGAACCAGUUUCGGAGAAUAUUAACUCUGUUGACAAUCGGGAAAUUGAAGAUAAACCAACUGACGAGAUAUAUGAGUGCAUUGAAGCCGAACUUGCGGUAAUUCAUGAUGAUGUUGUACCGGAAAAAAUUAGCAAAGCCACAAGAGCUACUCGUAGUUCAAAGGCGAGCCGAACAACAAAACGUAAGCCAAAUGCGGAUCGAGAAGCAGCAGUGCAAACACCAAAAGAUUUCAACUGCGUGGUCAAGAUGACACCUUUAAAAUCCGAGACACUACGUACUUUUCGGCAAGAAAAUGUAGCAUCAGUGCAGUCAGACGUGGAAAAGCCAAAUCCUACAGAGUCUAAGGUCAAUUUUGAUGUUGCGAUUCCAUCAACGUCCCAAACACCAUCGACACCAUUGAAGAAACGCAGCACACGGCUUCGCACAACAAGCAAAAGUGAAUCAACCAUUGAACAAAGCAGAAGCAAAGAUGCGGUUAAUGUUUUGGUUGCAGCCGUGCUUGAAGAGAAUCUCAUCGACAAUGCCGCCGCUUCGAGUUCUGAAGUGGCUGGUAAGAGAGCCGGAACACCGUUACCCGCAUCGAAGAAACGUGCUGGACGAUUGACCGGCCAGAAAACGAAAUUGUCGCUUGAGUUGAGUGAUAAACAAAAUCUGAUUGAUUCUGAAAAGCAAGACGCUGUCGAUGCUAGCAAACAGAGCGAAGACACUGCUCUGGAAAAUAAAUCUGAAAGCGCCGAGAAUGGUGUCGUUGCAAAAAGAAAAACUUUGAGACGAAAGAAGCUGGAAGACGUGGUUCAAACAUCCAAAGAAAAGAAAGCUGCUGGUAGCUCUGGAACACCGUUGAACAAACGCAAUCGCAAUUUGGUUGUUGAACCGAGCGACGAAACCGCUCCUUCGACAAGUGAACCGGCAGAAAUGGCUGAUGAUGAUGAAUUGAAAAAUUCAAAAGAAAAAUCAGAAAAGACCGCAGCCAAAAUGACAAGACGCAAACGUGCAAAUACUGAAAUUGAUCCGGAUGAAAACACACCGAAAAAGCUGAAAACUCAACUCAACCAUGUUAAUUCAGCAGCAGUUGGUACGCCACAUUCAUUACGUUCGUUACGUAAUCGUGUUUUAACAAUCGUCGAACCCAGCUCAACUGCCACACCAAAGACAACAAGGAACACACGAAAGGCGAAGAAUGAUGACAACAAAGAUGAAGAAGUCGAAAGUGUUGUGCCAAAGGACAAGGAAGAGGAAGCGGAUAAACCAGUGCCAACAGAAACCGAAAAGCCAAAACGACAACCACGACGCAAACUUACACGAAAGGCCAGUGUAGAUGAGCCGCCAAAGGGAAGCAUCAUCCAAACAAAUGACGAGAAAAAAGACAGUGUUACCGAAGCAAUAAAAGAAACAGAAGAACCGAUUGAGGGAAACAAGCCAAAACCGGCAACAAAACGGUCAAGAGCCAAGUCCAAAGGACCCGCCGAAGAAGCUAAGUCAAAUGAUGAUGACGCUUCAGCCAAGCCACCGGCUAAAAGAGGACGCAAAGCUAGCCAAGCUCAAGGAAAACCGACUGUUAUCGUUGAGCCGGUUAUUGUUAUUGAGCCAGUUGUUGUGGUUGAGCCCGUUGUAGAUUUGACCGAAGAAGAAUCAGUCGAACAACCAGUUGAGAAAAAGCCGAGACGCGGUCGACCGAAGAAGGUCGUUAUUGUUGAAAGUACUGAAACAGAAACGACUGAGGCACCCAAACCAGCACCGAAAAAACGAGCGGAAAGAGGCCGAACUGUUUCAAAGUCAGAGGAAAACAUCGCAAUGGCUUCGUCUGAAGAACCGGCAAAACAAGAAACAGUCGAGGAAGAAAAAGUGUCGACGAAAGAGCCACCAAAGGCCAGAGGCAAACGUACACGCAAAGCUGACACUGAAGUAGUUGUAGUAGAAGCGGAAAAGGAAAAGGAGCAGCCAAAACGAUCACGAAAUACUAAAAAAGCAAAGGAUCUCGAACCCGAACCCGAAGUGGAAUCGAGCGCCAAAGAGACCGUAGCUGAGAAGAAGCCAAGAAAAACCAAGAAAGCGGCUGAAUCGAAUGACACCGAAGCGUCAACCAGCACACCGCGAAUUUCAACACGAACACGACGGCACAAAUAAUAAUCUAAGCGUUUGGUUUUGUUUACUUUCUUCCAUUUAAAUAUUUUUUCUGUUUUUUUCCACUCUAUUUGCUAGGUAUGUAAGUCAUUUAAUCCAACGCAUUACUAACGAUUUUUGUUGAUACAAAAAAUAACACAUUUUUUUAUUAUUCAGACAGUUAAAUAACAACGAAAGCCAUGUUUUGAGCAUUCAUUCCGUUUAUUUUUAUUAUGUUAAACAAAAUAAAAAUGUUAUGCGUAAAUAAACGUUUAUUUCAUAUGCCAAAUAAAAA